AUGUUCGGGUUGGACCUGAACGUCAACCUGAGGGACGGUGGCGGCGGCGGCGGCGGCGGCGGCGGCGGCGGAAGCUCGGAAGGCGGAGGAGAAUCGGGGAGGAAAAGACGCGUGAGCGGCAAUGACGAGGGCCGGAAACUGUUUCGAAAGAUGGCGACGGCCUUGGUGACGACCCUCCAGAACGAGACCAGGGACGCUUGGGAGCUCGGGGCGGAGGCCGCGAGGAUCUGGCCGGCCUACAAGCGGUUCGCAGAAGACGGCUGCUACGACGCUCAUCUCGCGGCGGCCUUGAAGCCUCUCCUGACGGAGACCACCAAACGCCUGCAUGGUUUCGGCCGCCAGGACGACGACAAGGAGCAGAACCAGAACAACAACGGCAAGGACAGGAGGGGGAGGAAUGCCGAUGCGAAGAAGGAGGGCAGAGUCAAGCCGAACGGCCUGGGACUCUCCCGGAGCGGGAAGCAUCUCUUGGUCUCGGCUUAUCUGGCCAGCCACAACUCCAGAGACACAGAUCGCGACAUGUUCACCGCGAGGAGCACGAAGAGAUCGAAGCGACAAAGGUCGACGAGAUCGAGCGCCGGAAACGCGGAAAAUCUGGUGGAGGCCGGGGUGCAGGACCUGCCGGAAGCGAGGGAGUUCCAGCUAGAGAGGCUUUUGUCGAUCAUGUCGUCCAUCGUGGCCGUUACCGAGGCGGGAACCAAGGCGGCCAACAGUAUGGGAAGCACGGAGCUCUUCGCGCAGAUCAAGUCGUUGACGAAGCUUAACCUGAUGAGAGACUGCGGACAGCGCAAGAGCUUUGACCUGGACUGUCCUAGCUACAGGUGCAACAUUUCUAGAGAGCUCGCGGAGGCCGUCGCGAAGGAAAUCGGCCUCGACCUGUCGCAGUACCUCGUUACGGCGUAACCAAACCGGACCGCGAGUUCUAGUAAACUUCCUGCUCCAGUGCCGACUCACGAAGCCAGAUUGACGGCUUGUGGGAGUACCGGGAGAUUCCUGACUCGAGCAGUGUCGAAAAAUGGAAUGCCGGUUGACGAUUUGCGGUGGAGUAUUAGGAGAUUGACGGAAUACCGAGAUUCCUGGCUCCAGCGGUUUCGAAAAAUGGAAUGCCUAUAGACGGUUUGCGGAGGAGUAUUAGGAGAUCCCGGGCUCGAGUAGUGUUGACGCUGUAUUCGAAGGUGGAGAUAUUUUGGCGAAUCCGAGGAGCACUAGGAGACUCCAGGCUCCAGCGGUGUCGAAUAUGGAAUACCGAUUGACGGAUUGCGGAGGACACGAAACAAAACAAACGGCACUUGAUGACAUCACAAUCAAUUGGAGCCGUGGGCACAC